AUGAACAAAUUAAUUAAUGAUUACCAAGAAAAUAAUGAAUCAACAAAAUGUUGUUGCGGACAACAUGAAAAAAACAAAAAUGAAGAAACAACUUUACUUUACCAAAUGGAAUGUAAAUAUUUUUCACAGAACGAAUCAAAAGAAUUUUAUUUUUGUUCUGAAGAGGAUAAUGCUCCAUAUAUUAUAGAUAUUUUUGGUACCAGUCCAUGUAUAGCAGCACGUGAACGUGUUUUGGAAUUAUUAGUCUUAGAUAAUUUGGGUAUUUCUUCUAUUGGAUGUACUCAACGUUUAAUUUCCUUGGCACAUCGAGUAACAGAAUUGGAUUUAAGUUUUAAUAGAUUAGAUUGGUUAACUGUUGGGAAAUUGAUGGAGACAUUACCUAAACUUUCAACAUUAAAUUUGGGUUAUAAUGCAAAACUUUGUGGACAAAUUGAUGGAAAUGAAUUACCCAAAGCUAACAAAUUAUCUACACUGAUUCUCAAUGGACUUUCAUUAUCAUUUUCAACACUUCAAACAAUUUUUAAUAGUGCCCCUUCUCUGCGAGUUUUACAUCUUUCAAAAACACAAUUUCCUUAUUCUGAAUUAAAUUGUUCUGACUUGGAAAAAACAACAAAAAAUUAUAUUUCAAAAAAUUUAGAAGAAUUACAUUUAAAUGAUUGUGAAAUAGAUAAUUGGCAUAGAGUAUUGAAUGUUUUGUUUUAUUUCCCUCAAUUGGAAAGUCUUUUCUUAGCUGAUAAUCCAUUAAUUUCUGUUCAUCAUUGUCAAAAGUGCAGCCUUCAAACAAAUGAAUUAACUAAAAAAUUACGAGUACUUUCAUUAAGUAAUACAAAAAUUUCAAGUUGGCAAUCUAUCGAAAAUUUACUUUCUCUUAAACAAUUAGAAGAACUUAAAUUAAUUAAUAUACCUUUACUUAAAGGUUUAAAAAAUUAUUUUUUAGUAAAAAUAAUUCCUUUUUUCAAAGAUUAUUCAAUUGAAGAACGUUUACAUUUAGUUAUUGGCAGACUUAGAAAUUUAAAAAUACUUAACGGUUCUCAUAUUGAUAAUCGUCAACAUGAGGAAUCUGAACGUUUUUUUAUUCGUUUUUAUUCAAAUUCUGACAAAAAACCUUCAAUAUAUUCGGAAUUAGUUGAAAAACAUGGAAUGUUAGAACAGCUAGUCAAAGUAGAUUUAACCCCUAAACGUUAUGCAAAAGUUGUAAUUCAUUGUGAGGAAUGUGAAUGGGUUAGAAUGUUGGUUAAACUUAGAUUAUCUGGGACGGUUUUGGAAUUGAUGAAAUUUUUGGAAAGGUUAACUAAAAUACCUUUAAGAUUAAUGAGAAUUUUCUAUGUUGACAAACAAAUAUCUGCAUUGGGACCCGAAGAAUUACGAUUUCCCAAUCAAGAACUCAAAUUAUUACAUAUUGAGGAUGAUGAUGAAUUUUUUAUUCAGUCAAAACUUCCACAAAUUAAUUUAAAUAAUCCCAAUAAUACAAUUAAACAAAUUUCUCUUAACAAAAAAUUAUCCUCAAAUCAAGAACAGCCCAAAAAACAAUAA